CAAUAACACAUCCAACAUCAACAAAGGGAGUAAAAUAUCAAUUGUUCAAACUGAAUUAACAACAAAGAUGCAAAGAAGCAGCGAACAACCUCGAAUAUCAGAUCUGAAUAUUGUUCUGAUGGGUAAGACUGGAGCAGGAAAGAGUGCAUCAGGAAACAUCAUCCUGGGUGGAGACAGAAAAACAUUUAAAGAAGAUUGUUCCCCUUCUUCUGUGACCAGAAUCUGUGAAUCAUCACAAACAGUGGUGAAUGAACAAACAAUAAAUAUGAUUGACACUGUAGGAAUCCCUGAUACAGUAAAGAAGUUUACAGAUGUUCAACCCAAAAUAGAGAAGAUAUUUGAUUGUACACAACAUGGUGUUGAUGUGUUUCUGCUGGUGAUCAGAUUGGGUGUGUUCACAGAGGAGAGCAGAAAAGUUGUGAAAUGUAUCCAGGAUAAUUUUGGAGCAAAAUUCUUACAACACACAAUAGUGCUCUUUACUCAUGGAGAUCAGUUACGUGUGCCAAUAGAGAAUUAUCUGCUAAAGUCUUCACUACUGCAGUCAGUAGUUGAUCAGUGUUCAGGAAGAUUUCAUGUUUUUAAUAAUAAAGAUGAAGAUCAAUAUCAGGUCACUGAACUUCUAAAGAAGAUAAACAGACUGAUGAAGGAGAAUAGAUACAGGAGAUACACUGCACAAGACUAUAAGGAGAUUCAGAAUGAACUUCUACGUUCAAAAUGUCUUGCUGGAGCAGCAGUAGGAGGAGGAGUAGGAGGUGUAUUAGGAGGAGCAGGAUGUGUAGUUGCUGCUAAAGCAGGAGCAGGAGCAGUUGCAUUAACUGCAGGAAAGGUAGCAGCAAUAGGAGCAGUAGGAGCAGUAGGAGGAGCAGCUCUGAUAGCAGCAGCAGCUGGUUUUGGAGUGUAUUUCUUGGCAAGAAAAUAUAUCUGCAACUCAGAAACAGGGGAGAGUAAGAACAAGAAACAGAACUGA